AUGGGCGCCGACGCGGCGCGCCCUCCCUCACCUCCCUCCGGACCCGCUGGCGUAACGGAAGGGCUUAGCGUCGCCGGCGCGCAACCGAUGGGCGCGGCGACAGCUAACAGCACGCUCAGGUAUGGAUUAACCGUAGAGACACCGAGGUCACCGUCCUACGACACGACAUUGCUAUGGCGAAGGGAUUUAGCCAAGCGGUUACGGCGUCGUUCCAGACCCACGCCGAUCCCAGCUAGACAUCCCAAGGCUGCCGUCAUAGACAGAACUACCGAGAAACGAAAGUCGCUGCAGGAAACUACCAAGGAGGUAAAUAAACCAAUUAUUAAAGCUCAGUCCGUCAGAUCACAUGCGAGCAGUCGCACUGUGAUAGAAGCGCAGCUGUCUCAGGCGGAGCUCGAGGCCAGCGAACGGCUAGCGGAGAUAUCCCGGAGGGAGUUGCAGCUAGAAGCGGACAUGGUACGUAAACGGCUAGACGCCAGAAAACUGCAGAUCCGCGCUAAUGCGGAUAGCGCAGACGAGCACGAAUCUGCUGGUAGCGUGCGGAAUUCGAAUCAAGAUCGAUUAGACGAAUGGCUAGAGAACUCGCGAGACGCGACGUCAAAACCCAUUUGUAAGAGGUUAACCGACGAACCUCUACCCAAGUACGAGACUCCGAGACGACCUGCGCAGGCGGAGCGGCAUAUUCGAGGCCUCUCACCGGACCGCCAGGUACUACCCGUAACCGUAUCAGGUCCAAAGGGAACGGCGCAUAUCUUCGCUUUCCUUGACGAUGGAUCCACCUUGUCAAUGAUCGACCAGGACGUCGCGGACGAGAUCGGCGCGGUCGGUCAAGACGAGCCGCUAUGCAUAAGAGGUAUUCAGCGGUUGAAACUUAGCUCAGUGACACAGACGGUCAAGGCUAAAGUAAGCCCCGCUCGUGGCGGCUUGACAUACGAUAUAUCCCUAAAAACGGUAGACGGACUAGGGAUACGCUCGCAGUCAUUAAAUAAGAAGCGUCUAUUGGAAUACGAACAUCUGGCGGACUUGGGCGACGAGUGCUACACGGGCAUGGGCGUGCCGCAGAUGUUAAUAGGCGGAGACUUCAGUCAUCUUAUAAACCCAACGGAGGUGAGGCAGGGCGGCGAGGACGAGCCGUGCGCAGUUAAAACCUCGUUAGGAUGGGUUUUCUUCGGGCGAAUGCCGAGGUAUGUACCAAAUAACGAGCAGGUCGUGAUGCACUGCCACAGUGACGACAGUGAUCUCGUGGAGCAGGUCAAGAAACACUGGGCAGUCGAGGCGCUUGGCAUAACGGCAAAGGACAACAUUCGACCCGACGACCAGCGAGCGAUCGAUACAUUCGAACGAACAGUAAAAAAGGUAGGACAGAGAUACGAAGUCGGCCAACUAUGGGCUGCCGACGACAUAAAGCUGCCACCGAGUUUCAACAUGGCGAAGGCGAGAUUACGCAAUCUAGAAGCCCGCAUGUCGAGAGAUCCUGACUUCGCCAACGAGUAUCAAGCACAGAUACACAAGCUUCUGGAAAAGGGGUACGCAGAGCGCAUCAUGGAACCACCGCAGUCAGAUCGGAUGUGGUUUCUGCCCCAUUUCAGCGUCUACAAUCUAAAUAAAGGAAAGUAUCGCGCUGUAUUCGAUUGCGCCGCGAAAAGUCAGGGAUGUGCAUUGAACGAUUUCAUCCUCGCGGGACCGGAUUUACUACAGAGCCUGCUGGGGAUACUACUUCGAUUCCGUGAGUGGGAAUUCGCCGUCACCGCGGACAUACAGGAAAUGUUCCUUCAAAUACAGCUGCGAAGAGAGGAUCGGCAUAGUCAGCUCUUCAUCUGGAGGGGAUCGCGGCGUGACGUGACACCGUGGACGUACCAGCUAAACCGGGUAUGUUUCGGUAACAUCUCUUCUCCUUUUCUCGCACACUCGGUGCGGAAUAGGAAUGCGACGGACAACAAGGAUCGCUAUCCGGACGCGGUCUACGAUAUCCAUAACAAUCACUACAUGGACGAUUAUGUGGCAUCAUAUGAGACAGAACGGGAACUCAUAUCAACAGCGACACAGGUGAGACUAGCACACGCGGAGGCUAGCUUUCGGCUGCGCAGCUACGCUAGCAACAGCGAGUUGUUAAUGCGAAACAUCGAUCCGGAGGAGCGAGCGACGGGACCUUCUCAUCUCGGAGAAAAGCAACAGACCGUCCUCGGAAUGACGUGGGACCCAGAGACGGAUACGCUGGGGUACAACACGAAAAUGCUACGAGUGCCAGACGACGUGAAAAGGUACGAGCGAUCGCCCACUAAAAGGGAACUUUUGAGUGCCGUAAUGUCAGUUUACGACCCAUUAGGCCUCAUAGCGCAGUAUAUGAUAAGCGCUAAGAUCAUAUUCCAACGUGUGUGGACAAAGGGCACGGACUGGGACGAGCGGCUGCCGGCGGAGGAAGCGGAGGACCUUUUCCGGUGGCUGAGGGCACUGAGCGACGUGUCCGCGCUGCGAAUACCCCGACGAUACGCCACGCCCACCGGUGCAGUUAGAAGAGAACUGCAUAUUUUCAGUGAUGCAUCGACCGAGGCCUACAGCGCGGCGGCCUAUUGGCGAGUGUCGAACGACGAGGAGGAAACGCAAGUGAGCUUAGCUAUAGCGAAAAGCCGAGUUUGCCCGCUAAAGGUAAUGACAGUUCCCAGGCUCGAAUUAACCGCAGCAGUCGUCGGCGUGCGGCUGGCGGAGACAAUUUUACGCGAGCAGCGUUAUCCUGUGACAAAGGUGACGUAUUGGACAGAUUCCAUGGUUGUUCUCGGAUGGGUUCGCGAUGACGCGCGAAACUAUCGUCCGUACGUGUCACACCGACUUGCGGAGAUCGCCGAGAAAACAGAUAGAGACGCGUGGAGGUAUGUACCAACCGCUCAGAACCCCGCAGAUCGAGCGACGAGAUGUCAACCAGCGCAGAGCGUGCGCAUCGAGGACGAGUGGUACGAAGGACCGCGCUUUCUCUAUGGACCCGAGACAUCAUGGCCUAGUCACACAUCGAAUCGAACAGACGACCUGCCUGAGAGGAAGGCGAGGCCGUCAACCGACACAUCACUGGCGAUCAUCUCAGCGAAGCCAGACCCUUCGAGCGUACUGCCAGACGUGAGACGAUUUAGCAGUUACGACAGACUGUUGAACGCGACAGCGAACGUCUUGCUAUUCAUCGAGAAAAUGAGAACGAAGAAUAAAGCCUUGCAGCUACAAGUCAGACAUUUGAGAAAGGCAGAACACAUGUGGUUGCAAUACAGUCAACGACGAAGCUUUCCCGAAGAGCUUCGAGCCUUAAGCCAGAAUAGGCUCAUCGAUCGCAAAUCGCGAUUAUACGACCUGGCACCCGAGCUAGGCGAUGACGGCGUGUUACGCAUGAAGACGAGGCUGGGCAGCGCUCCAGUAUUGUACACCGCGCUACAACCGAUAAUACUGGAUGGCCGCGAGCCGUUCACCCGUCUACUCAUCCUGCGAGCUCACCGACGAUCAGCGCACAUUCACAACGAAGCAGUAAUCAACGAACUGCGACAAGAAUAUUGGAUACUACAUCUGCGGCCGACCGUGAAGUCUGUAGCUCGAAACUGCGCGCUAUGCACACUACGACGAGCAACACCGAGGGCGCAGCCCUUAGGCGAUCUCCCGCCCGAGCGACUACAGGCGUAUCAACGUCCCUUCACUCACACCGCACAAGACUACAUGGGACCGAUGUUCGUCACGAUCGGACGGCGCAGAGAAAAACGCUGGGUGUGUCUAUACACGUGCCUAGUGACGCGCGCUAUUCACCUUGAAAGCGUGCACAGUCUUUCAACCGACAGCGCGCUACUAUCACUACGAAGAUUCGCCGCGAGAAGAGGAUGGCCCAGGACGAUGUACAGCGAUAACGCGACGUGCUUCAGGGCGGCGGCGACGGAACUACGUGAGGCGUACCGGCAAUGGCUGCCUGUACUGCAAACUUACGCCACUCAGAACCGAAUGGAGUGGAAAUUCAUCCCACCUGGCAAUCCUUCGGCCGGGGGCGCGUGGGAGCGAAUGAUAAGGACAGUUAAGAUAGCGAUGUCCUACACUUUCAACGAACGAGCACCGAAACCCGAAGUUUUCGAAACUCUACUCGCCGAGAUAGAGAAUAUCGUCAACCGACGACCACUUACACAUGUCAACGUCGAUCCAGACUCCGAAGAAAGGAUACGCUCGUCUCAGAUUGGCGUUUACGACGAGAACGAGAAGAAGCAAUGGAAGAUGGCCCAAGCGCUUGCCGACCACUUUUGGCGGCGCUGGACCAAAGAGUACUUUCCUCUACUGGCACCGAGGAAGUCGUCCCACGACGGAGGGCGGCAACUUCAACCAGGCGAUGUGGUCAUCGUCGCUGAACCCAAUGGUCCACGCAGCGUGUGGCCCCGAGGCGUCGUCGAGACUACCUACCCGGGACCCGAUGGACGGGUCCGCUCCGCUGACAUCAGAACGAGACACGGGACGCUACGCAGGCCCAGCUGCAGGCUGGCGGUCAUCGCGUCGCAACCCAUGCACCAGGAGUCUUCGACUGCGGGGACAAAAUGUUAG